CCAGCGAGCGAGGGUGGCGGGGAGGAGGGAGGAGGGAAAAGAGCGGGGAGGGGGGGCGCCGGGCGUGUGUCACUCGCUCUCUCCCUCCGUGUGUAGAGGAUGUGCUGAAUGGUGCGCUUUGAGGCGGCGGCUGCGGAGGAGCAGGAUCCAGCGGCCACUGGCAGCCUCGGCUGCCUGGCUCGGCGUCUCUUCGCCUUCCGCGGCUUCUCAUCCACCGCGGGCUGCCGACCUCGCGUCCCGCCCGGGGCAUGGCCCGGCGCUGCGCCCCCGCGCGCCCUGCCUGCUGAGCGGCGCCUGAGGGAGGUGCGGAGGCCGGGAGGCCAGGGAGGCCGGCGGGGGAGCAGAGUCAAGAGCUUCAGGAGAAGAGAAAGGAGCCCCCGGCCCGCGCCCCGCGCCCCGCGCGCGGUCCCCAGUCCCUGACACGCUCGCCCGGGCCGCCCGGAGCCCAAAUGAGCCCAGAUGGCCGGGGCUCAACCCGGAGUGCACGCCUUGCAACUCAAGCCCGUGUGCGUGUCCGACAGCCUCAAGAAGGGCACCAAAUUCGUCAAGUGGGAUGAUGAUUCAACUAUUGUUACUCCAAUUAUUUUGAGGACUGACCCUCAGGGAUUUUUCUUUUACUGGACAGAUCAAAAUAAGGAGACAGAGCUACUGGAUCUCAGCCUUGUCAAAGAUGCCAGAUGUGGGAGACACGCCAAAGCUCCCAAGGACCCCAAAUUACGUGAACUUUUGGACGUGGGGAACAUCGGGCGCCUGGAGCAGCGCAUGAUCACAGUGGUGUAUGGGCCUGACCUCGUCAACAUCUCCCAUUUGAAUCUCGUGGCUUUCCAAGAAGAAGUGGCCAAGGAAUGGACAAAUGAGGUUUUCAGUUUGGCAACAAACCUGCUGGCCCAAAACAUGUCCAGGGAUGCAUUUCUGGAAAAAGCCUACACUAAACUUAAGCUGCAAGUCACUCCAGAAGGGCGUAUUCCCCUCAAAAACAUAUAUCGCUUGUUUUCAGCAGACCGGAAGCGAGUCGAAACUGCUUUAGAGGCUUGUAGUCUUCCGUCUUCAAGGAAUGAUUCAAUACCUCAAGAAGAUUUCACUCCAGAAGUGUACAGAGUUUUCCUGAACAACCUUUGCCCUCGACCUGAAAUUGAUAACAUCUUUUCAGAAUUUGGUGCCAAAAGCAAACCAUACCUUACCGUUGAUCAGAUGAUGGAUUUUAUCAACCUUAAGCAGCGAGAUCCUCGGCUUAAUGAAAUACUUUAUCCACCUCUAAAACAAGAGCAAGUCCAAGUAUUGAUUGAGAAGUAUGAACCCAACAGCAGCCUCGCCAAAAAAGGACAGAUAUCAGUGGAUGGGUUCAUGCGCUAUCUGAGUGGAGAAGAAAACGGAGUCGUUUCACCUGAGAAACUGGAUUUGAACGAAGACAUGUCUCAGCCCCUUUCUCACUAUUUCAUUAAUUCCUCGCACAACACCUACCUCACAGCUGGCCAACUGGCUGGAAACUCCUCUGUUGAGAUGUAUCGCCAAGUGCUCCUGUCUGGUUGUCGCUGUGUGGAGCUGGACUGCUGGAAGGGACGGACUGCAGAAGAGGAACCUGUCAUCACCCAUGGCUUCACCAUGACAACUGAAAUAUCUUUCAAGGAAGUGAUAGAGGCAAUUGCGGAGUGUGCAUUUAAGACUUCACCUUUUCCAAUUCUCCUUUCGUUUGAGAACCAUGUGGAUUCCCCAAAGCAGCAAGCCAAGAUGGCGGAAUAUUGCCGACUGAUCUUUGGGGAUGCCCUUCUCAUGGAGCCCCUGGAAAAAUAUCCACUCGAAUCUGGAGUUCCUCUUCCAAGUCCUAUGGAUUUAAUGUAUAAAAUUUUGGUGAAAAAUAAGAAGAAAUCACACAAGUCAUCAGAAGGAAGCGGCAAAAAGAAGCUCUCAGAACAAGCCUCCAACACCUACAGCGACUCCUCCAGUGUGUUCGAGCCCUCAUCCCCAGGAGCCGGAGAAGCUGAUACGGAAAGUGACGAUGAUGAUGACGACGAUGACUGUAAAAAAUCUUCAAUGGAUGAGGGGACCGCUGGAAGCGAGGCUAUGGCCACAGAAGAAAUGUCUAACCUGGUGAACUACAUUCAGCCGGUCAAGUUUGAGUCCUUUGAAAUUUCAAAAAAAAGAAAUAAAAGUUUUGAAAUGUCUUCCUUCGUGGAAACCAAAGGACUUGAACAACUUACCAAGUCUCCGGUGGAAUUUGUAGAAUAUAACAAAAUGCAGCUUAGCAGGAUAUAUCCAAAAGGAACACGUGUGGAUUCAUCCAACUAUAUGCCUCAGCUAUUCUGGAAUGCAGGUUGUCAGAUGGUGGCACUUAAUUUCCAGACAAUGGACCUGGCUAUGCAAAUAAAUAUGGGCAUGUAUGAAUACAACGGGAAGAGUGGCUACAGAUUGAAGCCAGAAUUCAUGAGGAGGCCUGACAAGCAUUUUGAUCCAUUUACUGAAGGCAUCGUAGAUGGGAUAGUAGCAAACACUUUAUCUGUUAAGAUUAUUUCAGGUCAGUUUCUUUCGGAUAAGAAAGUUGGGACUUAUGUGGAAGUAGAUAUGUUUGGGUUGCCUGUGGAUACAAGGAGGAAGGCAUUUAAGACGAAGACAUCCCAAGGAAAUGCUGUGAAUCCCGUCUGGGAAGAAGAGCCUAUUGUGUUCAAAAAGGUGGUUCUUCCUACUCUGGCCUGUUUGAGAAUAGCAGUUUAUGAAGAAGGAGGUAAAUUUAUUGGCCACCGUAUCUUGCCAGUGCAAGCCAUUCGACCAGGCUAUCACUAUAUCUGUCUAAGGAAUGAAAGGAACCAGCCUCUGACGCUGCCUGCUGUCUUUGUCUACAUAGAAGUGAAAGACUAUGUGCCAGACACAUAUGCAGAUGUCAUUGAAGCUUUAUCAAACCCAAUCCGAUAUGUGAACCUGAUGGAGCAGAGAGCGAAGCAGUUGGCUGCUUUGACACUGGAAGAUGAAGAAGAAGUAAAGAAAGAGGCCGAUCCUGGAGAAACACCAUCAGAAGCUCCAAGUGAAGCAAGGACGACUCCAGCAGAAAAUGGGGUGAAUCACACUACAUCCCUGACGCCCAAGCCACCCUCCCAGGCUCUCCACAGCCAGCCAGCUCCAGGUUCUGUAAAGGCACCUGCCAAAACAGAAGAUCUUAUUCAGAGUGUCUUAACAGAAGUGGAAGCACAGACCAUCGAAGAGCUAAAGCAACAGAAAUCGUUUGUGAAACUUCAAAAGAAGCACUACAAGGAAAUGAAAGACCUGGUUAAGAGGCACCACAAGAAAACCACUGACCUUAUCAAAGAACACACUACAAAGUAUAAUGAGAUUCAGAAUGACUACUUGAGAAGGAGAGCAGCUUUGGAAAAGUCCGCCAAAAAGGACAGUAAGAAAAAAUCAGAACCCAGCAGCCCUGAUCAUGGUUCGUCAACAAUUGAGCAAGACCUCGCUGCCCUGGAUGCUGAAAUGACCCAAAAGUUAAUUGACUUGAAGGACAAACAGCAGCAGCAGCUGCUUAAUCUUCGGCAAGAACAGUAUUAUAGUGAAAAAUACCAGAAGCGAGAACAUAUUAAACUGCUUAUUCAAAAGUUGACGGAUGUUGCAGAAGAGUGUCAGAACAAUCAGUUAAAGAAGCUCAAAGAAAUCUGUGAGAAAGAAAAGAAAGAAUUAAAGAAGAAAAUGGAUAAAAAGAGGCAAGAGAAGAUAACAGAAGCUAAAUCCAAAGACAAAAGUCAGAUGGAAGAGGAGAAGACAGAGAUGAUUCGGUCAUACAUCCAGGAAGUGGUGCAGUACAUCAAGAGGUUAGAAGAGGCGCAAAGCAAACGGCAAGAAAAACUCGUAGAGAAACACAAGGAGAUACGUCAGCAGAUCCUGGAUGAAAAGCCCAAGCUGCAGGUGGAGCUGGAGCAAGAAUACCAAGACAAAUUCAAAAGACUGCCACUUGAGAUUUUGGAAUUCGUGCAGGAAGCCAUGAAAGGGAAGAUCAAUGAAGACAGCAAUCACGGUUCUGCCCCUCCCUCCCUGUCCUCAGACCCUGGAAAAGUGAACCACAAGACUCCCUCCAGUGAGGAGCUGGGAGGAGACAUCCCAGGAAAAGAAUUUGAUACUCCUCUGUGAAUGCUCCUGCCAGGCCUUCAGAAAUUUGCAUGGCCACUCCAGUGUCAUCAGACUCUCUCUUAUUACAAAAAUCACUGCCCAGGACCAUCUUCCCAAGAAGCAUCCCUUAGCCUAAAAUCCACACCAAAGGGAGAGUUCCAGAGGAAUCCAUUGCAGAAGUCCCAUGCCCAGGCUCCAUGUGUCACUUGGAAACCUCUGCAGGUCUACUAGUGAAGAAUGCAUGUAUGUGAGAUUUUUGUUUUCUUUCCGGUAGUAAAUUCAAAGCAAGCAACUUGCAGGCUCCAUGGAACUAUUAAUGAAGGACGGUGUCUUCUUUGAAGAAAAUCGAGCUCAUGUUUUUAUUCAAAGCUCUGGUGUAAAGUAUUUCAAAGUCAUAGAAAUAGUUUGAGAAAUGCAUAGCAUUAUUUAACACUAUUGAACAGCUGGCUUUGAGCAUUUUUUAAACUGCCCCUCAACUACCAUUAUCUUCAAGUCAACAUGCAUAUUACAUUAUUUCAUCUUUUGCUUUGCAAGCACUGGUGGCUUGCAUUUUGCUAAUUUAUUUAUCAUAGAGCCAUCAAUGUAUUUGUUGCUGACAUGGUUUUAUUAGAUACUGUAAUGAUUCAAAUAAGUUUGUUUUUUAUUUGGAAAAAAAAAUCACUUGAUUGUAUCCUUAUCCAGUGAAGCCAUCCCAAGACUUAGCAAUAUGGAUUGUACAUUUGGCUGCAUGAGCAAGUGGGCCACACAUUUCCAGCCAGUGUGCUGUCUGAAUUGACUAUUUGCACUCAAAGUCUGGGUAUUCAUUGGUUGUUAGCCUGAAAUGAUCAAAUAACUACAAAUGUUCUGUUGAAUAAAAAUAGUUGAGCUGAUAUAUGUUAACCAGAUAUUCAAUCAGAGUGAACAGGUUCCAGUGGUUAUUUUGCUGUUCGACAUUUCUUAUGGUUCAUUUAUUUUUAACAUAGAGAGGAAGAUUGAAUAUUUAUCUAGAGACUACAAAGACCCACAUGUAAAUGAUAGGUAUUAUCUCCAUGUAUAUAUGUACCCACUUAGUCUUGUAAGUACAUAUACACAUACACACACAUGAGUGUAGAUAUGUGCUUAUUAAUUGACAAUGACCCAGAUCUCUUCCACAAGACUUAAAACCAAAUUCAGGGAUAAAUGGAUAGAGAAGAAAAGGGCCAAACAUCUAGAUUACAUGGAUGUUAAGUUAUAUGGAGAUGCUAAGAAAUAGUUGAUGAAGCCAUUGAUGCAAACUGAUAUAGAUUUAGAACUUAGAAUAUGAAUUCAAUUUAUAUUUUGCAAGAUCAAAAAUUAGGUGUUAAGUAUCAGAUUUUAAGCUUGUUUUAAUGGUCAAAAAAUUAGUACAGAAAUAUGGACAUUGAUUAGAAUCUUCCAUAAUUUUUAAGACUGACACAUUUCUAUUUUAUUCUAACAUUAAAAACUUUCAUUAUAUAUUUACUUAAGUACAUUUAACUCACUUACCUGUCUCUCUGUAAGUUCCUAUUUUAGGUGGCAUAAGAGAAACAAGUUAUGUCAAAAGGCAAAACUGAUCAAAAGCAUAAUUGAAAGUUCUGAGAAAAGAAAGAAUAAUAAUAUAUAGAAAAAUGCAACUUAGAGAGUAACACAAUGAACAUGGAAUUCGAAGCCCAGAAGCCAGAGGCUCACAGCUUUAUUUUGCUUUAAAGUAAACCUGUCUGAUUGUAGCUUAAUGAAAUACCUUAAAAUGCAAAAACCAGUUGUGUCCUGAAAACUGUUUCAAGAAUUUAAUAUUUUUAUGAAAAUUAUUUUGUUUAACUUUAAGCAAUAACUAGAGAUCACAAUUAAAUUUUAAUCAAAAUGAAGGCUUAGUUCAAACAUAAGAAAACAGUGUUUAAUUUAAAAAAAAAUCUAGUAAGAUAUAAGUGGAAAAUCGCAUCCUUUUUGGAAAUGAUGAUAUUUUGAUCUGAAGGGUUUGGGGUGUUAAUUAGACACUUAAUAAAACUUAACUUCCACUGAAAAAGAAGUCUUUUGUAAAUCGUUCUACUUUUGCACUUUGAAAGAAAGUCAUUAAUCAUAAAGAAGCAAGAAUGGUCAAAAUCGAAUGCUGCAUUUUUAUAAACAAAAUUACAGACUGUCUGAACUUGCAGAAGAAUGAACUAACAAUAGCAUUCAUAACCAAACACAAUGGUGAUUAUCACAGAACAUUGUAUCACAUUUUAGUCCAGAGAUAGACUAAGGUUGAAUAACCUUGACUUACACAAAACUGUUUUGGUAGUUGGAUUUCAUUAUCUUAGUGAAUUUAGUCAUUUUACAAUAUGUUUGUAUUUGACCAUUUACUGUAACCACAUUUUUAUAUCUGUACAAUGACACUUUUUGCAGUUGUGGGGUAGUGAGUAACACUUUCCAUCUUGCAUCAUUGAAACUACUACAGUGAUACUAUCAUUUAAUAAUAUUAAUAUUACUUGAAAUAGACUAAGAUAAAGAAAAGGGGUCUAUAUGAUGUGCAGUUUUGUGCCUUUAUGUAUUUGCCUUGUUCUUUGUUGAAUGUGUGAAAUUCUGUACUGUGGUUUUCCCUAUAAUAGAGAGUAGAGCUGUAUAUUAAAUUAGACUGUGUCUCUCUGAUACCUUUACACUACUGAGACUAGCAUGGUUUUGGCCAUGUAAACCAAUUUUCAAAGUUCUAAUGACAUGCCAUGUGUUUUUGGUUUUUUACAUUUCAUUUUAAAAUUUCAGUAUCACCAUACAUUAAUUAAUACUCCUGUAGUAGAUAAGCAGUCAUUAAAUAAUUCCAAAAGAAAGGGCCAUUGCUUGCAUUACUUUGAAUUCAAUGUUGCACUUGUACACUGUAUUAAUAUUGUUUGUGAUGGAUUGGACAUUGUGACUCUUGCCUUUUAAGAAGAAAAAAAUGAUAGGACAAAGUAUUUGAAGCUCUUAAAAUGUACAUAUUUUGGUUCUUCUAUCUCAAAUUAUUUAAAAUGCAUAAUCCACAUUUUUGUAAUAAUUCUAUGCAAUUUUGUGGCAUGAUGUUUCUUCCACUUGUAAUUUUAUGUGCUUUCAUCAUAAAUCCAAAGGAAACAAUAAAAAUUUCUUAACACAA